AUGUAUAAAGAAAAAAGAAAAGUUUACUUAUGUGGUACUUCACCUAAUAUUCAUCCACCGUUAACUUUUGCACCUCUUACACAGGGUAUCUCAAGAAUGAAUAGUGCCAUAAUGAGGGGUGCUUCAUUAUUUAAGGGUGAAGAGUAUGAUGAAUUUGAACCAAUAGAUAAUGAAUCUAUAACUGAAAAUAAAAAUGAACCAUUAUUUGAUAGUAUUGAAAAAAUUGAUAUUCCUGAAGCAGAAAUAGAAAUAACUACUAAAUCAUCAGUUACAGAAAGUCCUAUAAAUUUAACUUCAUUUAAAGAUGAAUUAGAUAUGAUAAAUAAAACUAAAAAUUUAAUUAAUUUAUUUGAAGAAAAAGCACGAAAACUUUAUGAAAAAGCUGAACAAAAUAUCAAUAUUAAGACAAAUAAAGAAAAAUGUAAUUGUUCUGACUUUGAUUUAGAAGAUAUUAAUGAAACACAAAAACCACCUGUUAUUAAUAAAAAAAUAACAGUAUUAAGUAAAACUUUUAUCAAUGGUAAGAGUAUUAAAAAUAUGACUAAAGAGGAUUGGGAAAUUGAAAGAAAUAGACAAAGAUUAGAAGAGGAAAAACUUAUUGAGGAAAGGACAAAAGAAUUUCAUAAUGAAAGAAUGCUCUCUGAUAGUAUAAAUACCUUUAAUGGUAUAGAGGAAGAAGAAUCAUCAGGAAUUGAUGAUAUAGAAAUAACUUCAAGUACAACAGAAAUACCAACUACAACAUUUUUAUCAACAAAAAAAAUAUCAAGAAACCAAAUUUUAAAAAAAAAUAAAACACCACCACAUUGUGAUGAUGGAUAUUUUAUUGCAAUAACAAAUAAACCAUUUAAUGAAUUAUUAAUACCGCUUCAUAGAGCAGAAAUGAGUAGUGAGUUACGUCAACUUGAAAGUUAUGUAAAUAGAAAAUUAAUAUCAUGGGGUCAAUAUUCAUCUUAUCCAAUGAACUAUAAAGGAUAUUUUUCACAAAAAUAUAUUAUGAAAAAUCCAAAAGAAUGUCGUGGAUUAGAAAAAUUUACCAAAAAAGCUGUGUCUUAUGGUAUAUUUAUGGAAGGUGGAAUUUUUCAAUGUAAAUGUGGUAGUAUAAAAACAAUUGCCAAAGUUCAUUAA